AUGACCGACGCUUACCGAUCGCCCGAGGCCAAGACCUUCACCGACGCUCUCCAGCAGAAGGUGGACGCGCUCAAUAAGGACUUCCGCAAGGCCGAUGUCGAGCUCAUCAAGCACGAGCUCAAGCUCAACGCUCCCCUCUACAAGAAGCGUGCCGACAUUGUCUCGUCCGUUCAGGACUUCUGGUUCCAGGCGCUGAUCAAUUGCAUGGCCACCAACGUCUACAUUGACGAUGCGGACCACGAGGCGCUUUCGUACCUCUACAACGUCGAGGUCGACCGCGACAUCGAGGACCCCCGUGCGGCUACCAUCACCUUCAGCUUCCGCGAGAACCCUUACUUCUCCAACGAAAAGCUGGUCAAGAAGUUCUCGCUGGUCGACGGCGCCAAGUCGCUCGAGGACGAGUUCAACUUCCUCGAGGAGACCAAGCCCGAGAAGACGCAGAUCGACUGGAAGAGCGACGACAAGAACCUCUCCAAAUUGAAGCCUACCAUUGGCGGCCCCGACAGCGACGACUUUGAGCCCGGCUCGUUCUUCUCCACCUUCUUCGAGAACACUGAUCAGGAGGUCGCUGGCGGUAUCGGCCACGCGCUCAUCAUGGACUUCUGGCCCGGCGCCAUCGACUUCUACACUGGCGCUGACGACCUCGAGUUCGACGAGGACGACUUUGACAGCGAGGACGAGGAGGACGAGGAGGACGAUGACGAGGACGACGGAGAGAUCGACCUUGAGGAUGAGCCCCCGAAGAAGAGGGUCAAGGCAUAA